AUGGCCACUUCGAAACCCGUAUCCCCAUUCCGACUCUCCUCCCUCCUCCGCUCCCAGAAAGACCCCUCCGUCGCCCUGCAACUCUUCCUAAACCCAAACCCUAACCACCCCUCCCCUCGCCCCUUCCGCCACUCGCUCCGCUCCUACGACAUCCUCAUCACCAAACUCGCUCAAGCCAAAAUGUUUCCCCAAAUGGAACAACUCCUUCACCAACUCCACACUCAAACGCGCUUCCCCACCCCCGAACCCCUCCUCCGCCACGUCAUCGCCUCCUACGGGCGUGCCCGCCUCCCCUCGCGCGCCCUCCGCACCUUCCUCUCCAUCCCUUCCCCCUCCCUCCGUUCCUUCAACACCCUCCUCCACGCGCUCCUCGCCUGCCGCGACUUCCCCUCCCUCACGCGCCUCCUCCCGCACCUCCCCCGCUUCGGCGGCCCCGACGCCUGCUCCUACAACAUCCUCAUCCGCGCGUGUUCGCUAACUGACGACCAUGCUCGUGCGCGGAAGCUGUUUCACGAAAUGCGCGCUCGCGGCGUUCCACCGAAUCAAAUCACGUUCGGUACUCUGAUUAACAUGCUCUGCAAAAAGCCCCUCCUGCACCUGCCCCAAGCGUUUAAGGUGAAGGAAGACAUGGAAAAGGUUUUUAAAAUUAAGCCUAAUGUUUUCGUGUAUACUAAUUUGAUUAAAGCUGUUUGUGAGGUAGGGGAUUUUGAUUCCGCGUUUAGGUUGAAAGAUGAGAUGGUGAGGAACAGUUUGAAGCUUGAUGCUGUGGUGUACAACACUUUGGUUUCCGGGUUUUUAAAAGUGGGAAAGAAGGAUUUGGGGUUUAGGAUUUUGGAGGAAAUGAAGAGUGACGGUGUGAAGCCUGAUUCUGUAACGUGUAAUGUACUGAUUGGGGAGUUUUGUAGGGAGGGGGAUUUUGAAGAGGCUUAUAAGGUUUUGGAUGAUGGAUUAGAGGGUGUGAAGCCUGAUGUUUUUGGCUACAAUGUGGUUAUUGGUUGGCUGUGUAAAGAGGGAAAAUGGAGGGAGGCGGAUGAUUUUUUUCGGGACAUGCCACGGCGGGGGUGUGUUCCUGAUGUUGUGACGUACCGCACGGUGUUUGAUGGGUUUUGCCGGUGUAUGCAGUUUGAGGAAGCUGGAUUGGUUUUGGAGGAGAUGAUUUUUAAAGGCUAUGUUCCGUGUUCCUCCAGUUUGAAUGAGUUUAUUGGCAGGUUGAGCAAGGAUGGGGAUUUUGAGUUGCUAGGGAAGGUUUUGAGUGGUUUGGGAGGUGAGGAAUUUAGCUAUGAGGAUGUGUGGAAAACUGUCGUUUCAUUGGUUUGUAAGUCUGAAAAGUUGUUGGGAGCUUUUGAGCUUUUUGAUGAAUUGAUCUUGGCGUGA